UUCUGUCCAGCGAAAGGCUGGAUAUCCUGGACAGGGGAAUGCCCAUUUUUAAAAAAACUGUAUAAAAAAGUACUGAUUUGCCAGUAAAGACAGCCGUGGGGUAAAUUUGCGGCUGACGUCUCAUUCCUCUCUACUGCAUGGAGUAGGGAAGUCCCGGAUACUUUAGUAAUAAAAUCCGAGGCGCUGGCGAGCUGGGAAAUCAUUUAGUGAAAGCGAAACUUUGAGAUCUGUCACCCUGCAGAGAAGCGUUGUGUGGAAGGGGGGUGGGUGACUCUCUGAAGACGGCCGGGCGGCAUGUUUGGGACUGGGAUUGUGAGCCUUUAUUUCUGCCUUUGUUGUUUAACCAAGGACGGUCUGGUGGUUUCGGCACUUGGACAGGAAAACUCGGGUUAUCAUGAGCAUCCUCCACCAGUGAACCUCUCUUUAACAUCUUCCGAUUUUAAGACCAUUUUAACAUGGGCUUAUGCAGGCAAGCCGAGUAAUGCAACAAAGUUUACUGUUGAAACCAUGAAUUACCGAACUGCACUCUCACAGCUGUUUUCACCAUGCUCAAACAUUCAAUCAUAUUCCUGUGAUGUCACAGAAGCCUUCAGCGUGAACCUGAGUGCGUUAAGUUCUUACUAUGCAAAGGUCAAGGCGGUUACACAUCACCACGAGUCACAGUUUGCUUCGACUGCCAGGUUCACGUUUAAAGAGAAUGGGACAUUAAGUGCUCCAACUGUUAACAUCACAGUCCGUGGCCAAAAUGUUACUCUACGAUGCAUUUUUCCUCAUAUUGAAACAAGAACAGAGGCCGGCUUGAAUGUAAACAAAGACUUUAAAUGUAACAUUUGUGUUGGACAGGAAGGACACAAUAUAUUGGCAAAUUGCUCAAUAAAGAGAUCAAGAUUGGAGCUUCGUGUAAGACAAUCAAGAGUUACGUUAUGCGUGAUUGCUCAAGUGAAUUCAGAAAGAUGGAAAAUGAAAGCAGAGUGGUCAAGUCAAAGAUGCUUCCGAGUUCAGUCUUUGAAUUUACAAGAUACAUUAAUUGUCCUUUUUGCUGUGGUUGGAUUUAUCUUGGGGCUUGCUAGUGUUAUCAUUCUCUGGAAGCUUUCAAAGAAGAAGUUGGUAUUGCCAAAAUCAUUGAUACUUAUUGUAAAGGCCAUCAACCCACUUAUGGAGAAGAUUGAGGAGGACACUGUAUCUGUUGUGAUUAAAUAUGAGGAACUGAUUCCUGUGGCGCAUGAUCUCAUUUCUGAGGAAGUUGCAAAACCCAGCACAUGUGCAGAGAACCGUGAACCACCUGCCGUUGACCUGAAAUAUGCUGGGAAAAUCUGUGCCUAUGAUAGGCCUCAAAAUAUGGAGAAUUUUUGCUAAUUCUUUAUUGCCCAAGGAUGCCGUUUGCUCUCUUUGCAACUCCUUGUCCUAGGUAGAUGUUGUGCAUCAUUAUUGCUACAUGGUAGAAUUGAUUUUGGGGGGGGGGGGGGGGGGGGGGGG